GGGGUAGUGUGUACACACCAGGCCCCACGGUAGAGAGGGUGUGGUGCCUGCUGCUGCAAGACAGGGAUUAAGAAGUGGGAGUGGACUCUGUUCUGUCUCGGAUUGCCCCGGAAUCCAUCCUCUCUCUGGGAUAAGUUAUAUUAUUAUAACCUUUAUUUUUAAUGGAAGAUGAUUGAAUGUGAAAACCUAAACCAAGAAGACAUAAUUAAAGAACUGUGUUUAUGCAAUGGUUUAUCUUAUGAGAUGAUUGGACAAGAAGGAUCAGAUACUUCAAAACUGGAAAUGUUUUUCUCAGGGUAUCCUCGUAUAGUCGGAUUAUCAUUAUUUCCUAAUUUAACAAGUCUCACAAUUGUUGCUCAAGAUAUAAAAGAAAUUUCAGGACUAGAAACUUGUUUACGGCUUAAAGAACUUUGGAUUGCCGAAUGCUACAUAGAGAAAAUUGAAGGUAUUCAAGAAUGUAGAAAUUUAGAAAAACUGUACUUAUAUUUUAAUAAAAUUUCUAAAAUAGAAAAUUUAGAGAAAUUAUCCAGAUUGGAAGUUCUUUGGCUGAACCACAAUGCAAUUAAAAAUAUUGAGGGUUUGCAAACUUUGAAGAAUUUAAGUGAUCUCAACCUUGCUGGAAAUCUAAUAAGCAGCAUUGGUCGAUGUCUUGAUCCCAAUGAACAACUAGAAAGAUUAAACCUUUCUGGUAACCAAAUAUGUUCUUUCAAGGACCUCACUAACUUAACCAGGCUGCGUCGCUUAAAGGAUUUAUGUCUCAAUGAUCCUCAGUAUAAAACCAAUCCAGUUUGUCUGCUGUGUAAUUAUUCCACACAUGUGUUAUAUCAUUUGCCUUGCCUUCAAAGACUUGACACGUUUGAUGUGUCAGCAAAGCAAAUCAAGGAACUGGCAGAUACCACAGCAAUGAAAAAAAUAAUGUAUUACAAUAUGCGUAUAAAAACUGUUCAGAGGCAUCUUAAUGAAGACCUUGAAAAACUGAAUGAUCGAAAAUGUAAAUUACAGAAGUUGCCAGAAGAACGAAUAAAAUUAUUCAGCCUUUUGAAAAAAAAUUUGGAACGGGAACUGACUGAACUCAGAGGAUCUGGCAAAGGGCACAAUGAUAGAUCCAGUAACAAUAAAGUAACUGAGCUUGAAAAAUCAAAAAACUGUGAAACUGUCACAGAAGAACCAAGUCUUCAGCAGAAGAUAGUGACCAAACUAAAUGCCUUGAAUGAAAGGGUAACAUUCUGGAACAAAAAACUAGAUGAAAUUGAAGGAAUUUAUCGUAUUGAAGUAAAACAAAAGAAGAAAAGUCAUAGUUUAUUAAUCCCAUUUUUGUUAAUUGAGUUGGAGACUGUGGGAAACAUCUACUUUGAAGAAGGCACUCGAUCUGAUGACUGGUUUAAUUCCUGCUAUGAAUUAAUUCUAUCACGUUUUUGUACAUGGGACUUCAGAACGUAUGGUAUUACAGGAGUGAAAGUAAAACGUGUCAUCAAGGUUAACAACCGUAUUCUGAGACUAAAAUUUGAAGAGAAAUUCCAAAAGUUUUUGGACAAUGAAGAUAUGCAUGAUUCAGAGAGCUAUCGACAGAUGCUGGAAUGCCUUUUUUAUGUUUUUGAUCCUGAAGUUACAGUGAAGAAAAAGCAUCUGCUACAAAUACUUGAAAAAGGAUUCAAAGACAGUGAAACGAGCAAGCUGCCUCUCAGAAAAGAAGCUGUUAUUCUUGCUAACAGCCUAAGUAUAUGUGAGUGUCCCAGAAUUGAAUUUCUACAGCAAAAGUACAAGAAUGAGAAGAAAAACUCUCUUGAGCAUGAGCUCUUCAGACAUGGCAUCCUCCUGAUUACAAAGGUUUUCCUUGGCCAGAGUGUUCAGGCUCAUGAUCAGGACUCCAUCAGUCAAGCCAACUACCCAAUGAUUAAUUCAGUAUUCAUUCCUCGAAAAUAUUUACUAAAUUCUAUCAUGGGACAAAGAAACUGUGAUUGCAGCAUUCGGCAGUACAAGUGGUUUGUCUUUGAUCAUGACCUUGUUUUGCCUGAAUACAUCGUAGAAUUUGAGUAUAUUACAGUGGUCAAGUCUCACUCUUUAUUUUCUGCAUUCAACAAUGUUAUCCUAGAAGAGAGCAAAAAAAAUUCAGAAGGAUCAGUAUUGUCCCAGGAUUUGAAAUUUGAUGAUGAAGUUAUAAAAAUGGAUCCCAGGAUCAAGCCCAGACCAAAACUUACUCGCUUGGAUGAUAAAACAAUACUUUCCCUUGCCAAGACUAGCAUUUACAGUCAUAUUGUGAGUCUGAAUCUACAUGGAAACAGCUUGAGUAAAUUGAGAGAUCUCUCCAAGUUAACAGGACUUCGAAAACUUAAUAUCAGCUUUAAUGAAUUUACUUGUUUAGAUGAUAUAUACCACCUGGAUAACCUUGAAUGUUUGGAUGCAAGUCAUAACCAUGUGAUAACUCUUGAGGGAUUUAGAGGUCUGAUGAAACUUAAGCACUUAGACUUGAGCUGGAAUCAACUGAAAAAAUCUGGCGAUGAAAUAAAUAUGUUAUGCAAACACACCACAAGCCUUCUCACUCUGGAUAUUCGACAUAAUCCAUGGCAAAAGCCAGCCACAUUAAGACUGAGUGUUAUUGGCAGAUUAAAGACUCUUACUCAGUUAGAUGGAGUCCUUAUUUCUGAAGAAGAAGCAACAGCAGCUAAGAAAUUUAUUUCUGGGACAAAGAUUACUCAGUUAUCUCUCUUACGGCAUUCUAGUACUAAAGAGGAGAGAUCACGGAUUCUUAGUAUAUGGCCUUCUGCCAAAAUUCUGACACAGAUUUCAAAAUUAGGACCACAUUCACAUCUGAGUGGAAACUGGUACUUGAAGAUAACUGCCUUAAAUUUAGAUGGGCAACAUCUUUUUAAAAUCACAAAUUUAGAAAAAUUGGAAAAUUUGAAGUGGGCAUCAUUCAGCAACAAUAAUCUCACUAAAAUGGAAGGCUUGGAAUCUUGUGUUAACCUGGAAGAGCUCACAUUAGAUGGAAACUGCAUCUCAAAGAUAGAAGGCAUUUCCAAGCUGACUAAAUUAACCCGCCUCAGCAUAAAUAAUAAUCUCCUCACUGGUUUGGAAAAGCAUACUUUUGAUAACAUGCUUCAUCUUCAUUCCCUUUCUCUUGAGAACAACAAAAUCACUUCAUUGAGUGGUUUACAAAAAGCUUUUACACUAAUUGAAUUAUACAUAGGCAAUAACUAUAUUGCUCUCAAUCAGGAGAUCUACAAUUUAAAGGGUUUAUGCAACCUGGUCAUUCUAGACAUGUAUGGAAACAUUAUUGUAUGGAAUCAAGAAAACUACCGGUUGUUUGUAAUAUUUCAUCUUCCAGAACUGAAAGGUCUGGAUGGAAUCUCAAUUGAACCACCAGAGAUUGAGUGUGCAAAAGAUUUGUUUGGUGGCAGACUUACUUCUGACAUGAUUGCUGAACGACAAGGACAUUCAAACUUCACCCAAAUGCAAGAACUAAACUGGACUUCAUCAUCCAUCAGAACUGUGGAUUUGAUUCCAGUUGACCAAUUUAGAAAUGUGUGUAAUGUGAAUCUACAGAACAAUAAUCUUACCUCAUUCAGUGGAUUAAUCUAUCUGCCUAACGUGAAGGUCUUAUGCCUCAACUAUAAUCAUAUUGAAUCAAUCAUGCCCCGACUAAAGCCUCAGACUCACUUGACCAAUAGACAACUACUCUACCAGAAAGUGCCUUCAAGUGGCUAUGGGCAGCAAGGAACUUCAAAAAUAAACAGAGAUACAAUGAGCAGUGAAAAUUUGCCUCCAAUAAUGCACAGUUUAGAAGUUCUUCAUUUGGGCUACAACGGAAUUUGUAAUCUCAUUCAGCUACAGCUUAACAGACUAAGAAAUUUAAAAUUCCUCUUUCUUCAGGGGAAUGAAAUCAGUCAAGUUGAAGGGCUUGACAACUUAGAAUUCCUUCAGGAAUUGGUAGUGGACCAUAACCGCAUCAGAGCCUUUAAUGAUAGUGCCUUUGCCAAACCAAGCUCUCUGUUGGCACUUCACCUAGAGGAAAACAGACUACGAGAGCUGAGCAAAUUACAACCUUUGGUAAAACUAGAGAAACUCUUCCUAGGAUAUAAUAAAAUCCAGGAUAUGGCAGAACUGGAAAAACUUGAUGGUAUCUCUUCCCUCAGAGAGCUUACAGUUUAUGGCAAUCCAAUUUGUAGAAAAAUGCUACAUCGCCACGUGCUUAUAUUUCGACUGCCUAACUUACAGAUGUUAGAUGGAAUCCCUGUGAAUUCAGAUGAUAGGGCAAAAGCUGAAUUUCACUUCUCUGAACCACAAGCAAAGAAAAAUUUGUCUAUUCCUGUUACCAACUCUCCUGUGGAUGGUGGAUCAUUUGGCCAAGUGAAAGCUCCUCCCAUAAAGCUAACAAAUGUAAUUCGGCCUGGUGGAUUUGGCCAUUACUUGGGAUCUGACUUCACUUUAACUCCUGAAGUUGAAGACAAAAAAGACAAGAAUGCAGGGAUUCUAACAAGUAAUCCUCAGAGCAUCCAUGCAGAAAUAGCUUUUCAGCAACUCGGAGGGAUAAAUCUCUCUCCAUCUCUUUUAUCACAUCAGAAUAUGGCAUCUCCAAGUGCAGAAAUAUACCAGAGCAACCAAGAUGAGGGAAGAAUUCCUGGCAGACACUUUCCAAGAUCAAAUCGAAUGUAACUGCCUAAAGAGAAAUGAAUAUAUACCAAGAAACCUAUUUCUGUUUAGUAGUUGUGCAAAAACUAGCAGCCAGUGUUGGUGAUAAAAAAUAUAAGACAAUCACGUUACUUAUGUUACUGAAGCACUUCUGUUCCAUAUGAAGAUACUCUCUAUCACCCUUGGUGAAUUUUAUUUAAUAUCAUCUUUCUUAAACUUUCUUUAUGGUUAUCUUAAUUAUUCAUUUGAUUUUCUAUGUUAGAAAAAUCAUGAAAUAUAUCAUACAACAAUUGAAAAGAUACAAGUGGCAUAAAACAAAGUUCAAAGAAUCAAAUGUUUAGUCCUGGGGUAUUGGAAGCAUUUAGUUGUAAAAUCUCAUUUUGGCUUCUCAUAUAAAGAUACUAAGAAAAGGUAAUUUUAGGAAAUAAGCAUACUUUCAUUUGUAGAAUAUCUGUUCAUUUAGGCUUACCUAAAGCUAAAGCACACAUUUCUUACCAAACACAACUAUUACUAAAGCAAGUUGAGUUGUGCUAGUUGAACUACAGAUUAGUUUUUUAGGACUAUAUUUUGAAAAAAAUAGCCUCAAACUGAGUCCGCCCUAAGAAUUGUUUAGAGAUGGAACUCAUAGGCAUCAAUAGUACUUCCUGAAGGUAGCUAUGAGUGCAACCAGCCAUUCAUGCUCUAAGAAUAAAAGAAUAGUAUUUCAUAUACACAAUUCAUUGAAUGUGCCCAUAGUGAUAUAAUUUUACAAACAAGUUUUAGGCUAAAUAAACACAUGUUCAAAAUAAGUGGACACAUUUAAAAUUUGGACUCAAUUAUAUUUUACUGGAAGUAAGUUUUCUAAAAUAUUGACAAUUACAUUGUAUAGUACUAGGAAAAAUCAUAAAUCAAGUGUGGUUUUGAAUUUAUUUAUUAAACACAGUUCUUUAAAUUAAUGAUUAAAUUGCCAAUCAUAUUUUUAUAUCAAUGGGCUCCAAGAUUCAUGAAGUAUUGUUUAAAUUUUUCAAGUAGUGGUUCAACGCUACAUGUAAUUUUCAUAUUAUUUUAUGUGUUCCUUACAUGAAAAUAAAUUAUUUUUACUAAAAUAUUUGUAUUUUAUAAUCUAUCUGGAAAUAGUUUUAAGGAUAUUUUGGAAACUAAUGCCAAUAUGUAUGCAACAAUUUUGUGUCUUCUUUAAAUACUGUAUGUUUGUAAUUUAAUGAUGUAAUAUUUAAAAUUUCAAACCUAAUACAGAUUGAUUUUACCCUUCUUAAUGUGUGGUUUUUAAACAACUAUUACUCUAAGGUAGAAAUAAGAUCCUUUGUUUAAAAAGGAACCAUGCAGUUCUUAAGAUGUCCAGAAGAUGUCUUUGUUGCCCUUUAGUUCUGACAACUGUUUUCAUUACAGUGUUGUGAUAAGCACCUGCUCUUCACUAUUUGUUACUAACUUGACAUCAUUUGCUUUUUCUUUCUCUUAUGAUUAUGUAUAAAUGAAAUGCUCAAUAUAUGCUACUUUUAUAGUAAAAAGUGUCUUUGUAAAUAAUAAACUGGAUGGGAAAAAUAAAGUAACAGGUUUUCACUGGAGAAAAAUUUACAAGAGCAGAAAAGUAUAAAGCAGGAAAAACAUAACUUAUUAUUCAGCAUCCACUUAACAUUUGACAUUUUUUUCGUGUAGCCAUUUCUUCUAUGUAUUUUCUUCUAUUCCAUUUUCUUCUAUGCAUUUCUAAUAUAUUUGAUAUCACUUGAUUUUUUUGAACACAUUGUUCAAUUUUGAGAUAUUUUAUUAUAAAAUUUUAAUUCGAAUUUGUUCUAGAAAGUAAAUUUGUGAUAAUUUAAUAGUAACAAACACUAAGAAGAAUAAUAAACGUAUAUAGCUUCCCUGGUGGCGCAGUGGUUGAGAGUCCGCCUGCCGAUGCAGGGGACACGGGUUCGUGCUCCGGUCCGGGAAGAUCCCACAUGCCGCGGAGCGGCUGGGCCCGUGAGCCAUGGCCGCUGAGCCUGCGCGUCCGGAGCCUGUGCUCCGCAACGGGAGAGGCCACAACAGUGGGAGGCCCGCGUACCACAAAAAAUAAUAAUAAUAAUAAAAAUAAAUAAAUAAAUAAUAAACGUAUACAGGCAUUGCUAGGUGCUGUACAGAAACAGACAUUGACCCAACCUUAAGAACAUUUUAAAUAUAAAUAUACAAUCAAUACUUCCAUAUAAAAGCAAUGAGGGGGAUGAUUACUAAGAUAAUUUGGCACAGUAGUUCUGAAGUUUUUCUGCCAUGAAAGCAGAUGAUGAUACAUACUCUCCUGGACAGGUUAAGCUGUUGGUUAUCUGCAGUUCUUAAAGCAGUUGCUAUAACUUCAUCCCCUUCCUAUUCAACAAAACAAAUGAAAAUGUAAUUGAAUAUGAGAGAUGUUUUUACGGGUCUGCUUUAGAUCUGCUCUAAAAAUUUUUUUAAGUAGAUCAUUCACCAACUGUGAAAUUUUAAAUUAUUCAUAAUACAUUUCACAACCGAUUGUAACAAAACAAGCAGGUAGUGCUUAUUACUAUAAACCACUAGUCCAUAUUUUACAUGGUUUAUCCUAAUAACAAACUUAUGAAAUAGAUGUGACAUGUACUGUCUCAAUUUAUAGAUUUAAAAACCUGGCCUUGUGCUUCCCUGGUGGCGCAGUGGUUGAGAGGCCGCCUGCUGAUGCAGGGGACGCGGGUUUGUGCCCCGGUCCGGGAAGAUCCCACAUGCCGCAGAGCGGCUGGCUCUGUGAGCCAUGGCCGCUGAGCCUGCGCGUCCGGAGCCUGUGCUCCGCAGUGGGUGAGACCACAACAGUGAGAGGUCCGCGUACCACAAAAAAAAAACACAAAAAACUGGCCUUAAAAGGAAAAGAUAUCACACCAAAUCCUAGAUUUUUUCAACUCUAAAUUCAUUGUUUUGAUGACUACAAAUGAACUGACAGUUAAUUAUUCCUAAUGUGCUGUUUAAUCAGCUGUUGUCGAGCCCUAAUGUGUGUAAAAAUUGUAAACUAUUCAUUCUCUUUCAGUGUAUUUAACUUACGGAAAAUGUAUAAUUUCUGCAGUAAAAUUAGUUCUUUGCCCCCCAGCAAAUGUCAUGAUAAAUUUAUUUUGCAUGCAGUCAUAUGCAUAAUUGUAUGACUUGUUUUAAAUUAAAGGAGAAUUCCACAGACAACCUGGAAAGCUAAAAUUUAGGGCACUUUAACUAUAGACAAGGAGCCUACCUUGCUGAACUGCAUAUAGAUGAUGUCAAAGUGAUCUUCUGAUUUCUAUUUAUGAAGAUUGACUAUAACUGUUUAUUAAAACUUUAUUAUUUACUUGAUUUCUCUACUACUGACACAAAAUUAACUAUGGUUGUGAACAUAUUUUUGCACAGAAUAUUUAGUGUGGAUCUGUGCGUGUGUGUUUGCAGGCACUCAUGACUAGUUUUAAAAUAGUCCUUAUGUUUAAGUAACGUGUCAUUUCAUUAUUUAUUCAUAAGCUAUCCUAUAUUAUGAGAAGUGUUUAAUGUUUUAAAACAUUAGAUCUUACUGUUAGUCAUGCUAUAGGCGCUUAGCUUCAAUUAAAUGUUACAUAAAAAGAAGUAAAUUAUUUAUAUUUCUAUAAGAGUAGAAGAAAGCACUUACGUCUUGAGUUCUGUUGGUUAUUCAAUGAAUCUAUUAUCAGUUUGUUUUGGUAUAGAAACUGGCUGUUUUUUUUAAAUUCCUCUGCUAUAAAACUUAGAACUUUUGGACAACUCCAAGUGCUUAACUACUUCUCUUGUUCAUCUCUCUGUACUUUCCUCUAUUACUGAAUUUUUUUUCUUUCUUUUUUUUAAAUUGAAAUAUAGAUGAUGUACAAUAUUGUUAGUUUUAGAUGUACUACAUAGUGAUUUGACAUGAUCGCCACUCUAAGUCUUGUAACCAUCUGUCCCCAUACAAAGUUAUUAACAAUAUUAUUGACCAUAUUCCUUAUGCUGUAUAUUACAUCCCUUGGCUUAUUUAUUUUAUAACUAGAGGUCUGUACCUCUUAAUCUGCUUCACCUGUUUCACCCUCCACGCCUCUCUGCCUCCCCUCUAGCAAACACCCAUUCUUUGUAUCUAUGAAUCUGUUUUUUGUUUUGUUUGUUUUGUUUUUUAGAUUCCACAUGUAAGUGAGAUUAUAUGGUAUUUGUCUUUGUCUGACUUACUUCACUUAGCAAAAUACCCUCUACAUACAUCCACAUUAUUGAAGUAUUUUUAAAGAAAAACCUGUACCAAAUUGAAAUUUUAGUUUGCAGUUGCCUUUCAGAACUAGGUCAGCAAAAAGUACACAGUUAUUUUAUCACUAAUAUUUUAUUUCUACAAGUCUAUAUCUCAUAAAAAUAUGAAUUAUAUUAUUACUCUUUUUCUUCAAUUUAUGAAUAAAAUUGCUUUGUAAUCUACAGAAAAGACAUUUCUCAGGCCCAAUUUAUGUGUUUUUUUAUCUCAAAUUUAGUUUUGGUGAUGAUUUUUCCUUAUAAUUAAAGUAAAAUAUAGAUAAAUGAUUUUAUAGCAAAAACAUGAAAUUCUGUGACCUAAGAAUAGAAUAAUACAUUCAAAGGAACUUAGAAGGAGCUUUGAAAGUGUUAAUUACCUUAAAUCAAAUUAUUUAUCAUUCAUGUGUAAUCUAUUAGGCCUUACCUUAACUAUAUGCUCUUUUAGGUAAAUCAGAAAGCAAAUUCGUCAACAUCAUUUUCCAUAUAAAAUAUUGGUGAUUCUGAAAUGCUAAUUUUAAAAUUAGAAUAUUUUUCCUUAUAUUGUAUCAUUAAAAAUAAGAGUAUCUAUUUCCAUAUGCUCUGAAUAAAAAUCCAUUGGGAUAACAUAUUUUGGUACCUUUUAAAAAUUCAUUUCAUUUUGAUCAAACAAUAAAAUGAAAAUGGAUGUGAAGUAUUUUUCACAAAUAGUAUUCUACAUUUUCUUCUAGUUUUUAAUUUUAUAAUUCUAAUGAACUUCCAAAUGCUUAAAAGUAUUUCAUACCAACAGAGUUCCAUUUUUAAACAUUACAAAUAGGAAAAAAGGUUUGUGAUGAUAUUAAAUAAAUCAUUUACAGUUUAUAGUUUUGUAAACCAUUAUGAUUACAUUUAUUUUUAAACAACAAUAUCUGUAUUUUAAACAGAAAAAAAUUAAGACCAUGUGGUUUAAAAGCUGUAGAUUUUAAUCAUGGACCUGCAUGUUUUACAUAUUGCUUACUGUAAAACAUUAAAAUGUUUUAAAUAAUUUUAGUAGUUUG